AUGGAGACACUGAAUGAAGAGACCUGCCGGUACGGCGGUACGGAUGCACGGACCGAAGAGCGAAAGAAUAACGACGUUCAUCCUAUAUUUCAUCCUGCGCAAUACUCGCCGUCUCGGAUAUCCGACGAAGGCGUCGGCGGCGGGGGAGCUGACGCUAGAAGCGUUCAUUUCCCCACAUUGUUGUCGCUCAGCGGCACGACGCCAUGGGACGCGUGCCCGGCAAAACGGUGGGAGCGCACUCGCUGCACGCAGGCCAAACCAGUGCUCACGUCGUGGCGGGAUAUGAAAAGGAAGUCGAAUAGACCCGUGCAGCAGGGACUCUUCGCGACAAAGAGGGAGGUCAACGAGGCGAAUCGGUCGAUUCAUUACUUACGUGCUGUAGCCAACGUCGGCGCUCUCUCCGUUUCUACGUGCGAACACACUGGUCUUGACGAAUCUCCCGCGAAAGGGUUAAGUCCGAUCUACGUGAACAGGGACAACGCCCCUACCGGGCUCUUCAAUGAUCCGUCCCUAAGUGAUCGAUCGGAGUACGCACGCCGCAUCUCAACAAAUCUCGUCCUCGCCAUCACGAGUAGCGCCCUGAAAGAAGGGAACGUUCGUGGAACAGGCGCGGGACUGCACGACGCGCGAUUGGUUCUAGAUCCAAAAACGCACACUGGCAUACAAGAACACGCGUAUACGCUUACGCUUGCGCUGAACAGAACCUAA